CCGGGCCGCCCACUGUCCCAGUCGGGUUUUCGAGUACUGGAGCGUGCUGCGUGGUUGGCGGUAGUGACGUGUAUUGCCUGGAGGAUGGCGGACGCCGGCUUUCGCCGCGUGGUUCCUAGCGACUUGUAUCCCCUUGUGCUCGGCUUUCUGCGCGAUAACCAACUCUCAGAAGUAGCCAAUAAGUUCGCCAAAGCGACAGGAGCUACACAGCAAGAUGCCAACGCCUCUUCCCUCUUGGACAUCUAUAGCUUCUGGCUCAAGUCUGCCAAGGCACCAAAGAGGAAGUUACAGGCAAAUGGGCCAGUGACUAAGAAAGCUAAGAAGAAGACCUCAUCCAGUGACAGCAGUGAGGACAGCAGUGAGGAGGAACAACCUCAAGGGCCUCCAGCUAAGAAGGCUGCUGUACCUGCGAAGCGGGCCAGUUUGCCUCAGUAUCCUGCAAAGGCUGUGACUAAAGCAUCAGAGAGCAGCAGCAGUGAAGAAUCCAGUGAUGAGGAGGAAGAGAAAGACAAAAAGAAAAAACCUAUUCAGAAGGGAGUUAAACCGCAAGCCAAGGCAGCCAAAGCUCCGCCUAAGAAGGCCAAGAGCUCAGAUUCUGAUUCUGAUUCAAGCUCAGAUGAUGAGGCACCAAAGAACCAGAAGCCAAAGAAAACACCUAUUGUAGCUAAAGCUCAGGCUAAAGCCCCAACCAAACCAGGUAAUAUUUCUGUUCACAACAGUUUCUUUCAGGUACAGACUGUACCUAAAAAGCAAGUCAUUGCCAAGUCCCCAGUGAAAACAGCUGUCAGCUCUACCCAGAAGAGUUCCAGCAGUGAAGACUCCUCUAGUGAAGAGGAAGAGGAUCAUAAAAAACCCAUAAAGAAAAAACCAGGUCCCUACAGUUCAGUCCCUCCACCUUCCACUCCCUCACUGAAGAAGUCCUUGGGAACUCAACCUUCCAAGAAAGCUAUAGAAAAGAAACAGCCUGUGGAAAGCAGUGAAGAAAGCAGUGGUGAGUCUGAUUCAAGUUCUGAGGAAGAAAAGAAACCACCAACUAAGGCAGUCGUCUCUAAAGCAGCCACCAAACCAGCUCCAGCAAAGAAGGCAGCAGAAAGUUCUUCAGACAGUUCAGACUCUGAUAGCUCUGAGGAUGAAACACCUUCCAAGCCAGUGAGCAACAAGAGUUCCUCAAGUAAUAAGCUAGCCACUGCUACCAAGACACCUACAGCUAAGGCAGCUGCAGCUCCCAAACAAUCUGUAGGCAGUGGCCAGAAGCCUUUUAUAAGAAAGGCAGAUAGCAGCUCCAGUGAGGAAGAGAGCAGUUCUAGUGAGGAGGAAAAGACAAAGAAGACUAUGGCCACCCCGAAGUCCAAGGCGACUGCCAAAGCAACUCCAUCUCUACCUGCCAAGCAGACUCCUCAGGGAAAGGACAGCAGCUCUGAUUCAGACAGCUCCAGUAGUGAGGAGGAAGUGGAAGAGAAGACAUCUAAAUCCCCAGUUAAGAAGCCACAGAAGGUAGCAGGAGGUGUAGCUCCUUCUAAGCCAGCCACCACAAAGAAAGUAAAGGCUGAGAGCAGCACCAGUUCUUCAUCUGAUGAUUCUAGUGAGGAGGAGGAAGAGAAGCCCAAGGGCAAGGGUACUCCAAGACCACAAGCCCUCAAGGCCAGUGGCACCACUGCACUGACUUCCCAAAAUGGAAAAGCAGCCAAGGAUGAUAAGGAAGAAGAGGUAGAAGAAAAGAAAAAGACACCAGUGGCAGUUUCCAAGCUAGGUUCAGGCAAGAAACAAAAGCAGAAUGAAGCUGCCAAGGAGGCAGAGACUCCUCAAGCCAAGAAGAUAAAGCUCCAGACCCCUAACACAUUUCCAAAGAGGAAGAAAGGAGAAAAAAGGGCAUCAUCCCCAUUCCGAAGGGUCAAGGAGGAGGAAGUUGAGGUGGAUUCUCGAGUAGCAGACAACUCAUUCGAUGCCAAGCGAGGUGCAGCUGGAGACUGGGGGGAACGAGCCAAUCAGGUUCUGAAGUUCACCAAGGGCAAAUCCUUCCGGCAUGAGAAAACCAAGAAGAAGCGAGGCAGCUACCGGGGAGGCUCCAUCUCUGUCCAGGUCAAUUCUGUUAAGUUUGACAGCGAAUGACCUGGACCAUCGGUUGUGACACAGGGGUGAUCAUUGGAGACCACUCAUUCUCAUAAGUGGAUCUGGGAACCCUCAGUUCUGUUAGGGGAGGAUAUUGGUGAAGACAGAAGUUUAGGGUAGGUCCGAAGACUUUAUAAUACACCAUCUCUGGUCCUUUUUUGUGUUCCUAGUUUUGUACAAAUUUGUUUUUGAGUGUUGAAUAGCAGGGACAAGGUAAGGGGAUUGUUAUUUUUUAACAAAAUUUAUUUUAGUUGUCCCCUUCUUCCUGUUCUGUGGAAGUACUCAUACUGGGAAAUUUGUAUGUUUUAUAUUAAAUCAUUUUCUAUUAAUUUUUGUUGUGAUUUUUAAAGGUGGAUUCCCACAGAAAAAAAAAAAUCUCAGCUAUUAACCAAGACAUA